CGGGGAGGGCCGCAGCUUCCCGGCUCCCGGCUCCUGACCCAUCGAGGCCACUUCCCACGCCUCCGUCCCCGGACCAUCCUCCUGCGGUCACCUCCCAAGCUGCCAGGCCCUUUUCAGGUCCCUGCCCACAAGAUGAUCGCUGACCUCCUCCGGACCUUUGAGAACCAGGCCUUUGGGAAUGGGAGGAGUGGGUUCCAGGACCCCGGAUGCCCCUGCACAGACGCCCUGCGCGCUCUCUAGAGCGAGGUGUCUGUAACUGAGAUGACAGGUCUUUAGGCCUUCUCAGGUGUGUAGGGGAUCUCCGUCAAGGCACUUCCUUGUUCCUCAGGGACUUUGUUUGCUUUUAAGACGGUCUUACCCCGUAGCCGUGGCUGGCCUGGAACUAACUCAACAGUCUGCCUCCCUUUACCUCCCGGGUACUGGGAUUAAAGGCCUGACUCCUUCCCCAAGACUGUAACACAACUGUCUGUGUUUCCACAGAUGGAAGACUGGUGGCCAGCUUUGGAGACCGUGCCCCUGAGGGAAUUAACCGGAGAAGUGGGAAUAGGGUUAUAGAUGAAAAUUCCUGAAGGGUUGUCAAGUGGAGGGAUUAAACCAUUUUUGUGUUUCCUCCUAGUGUUAUCCGGGCAGUGCAAGACUGCUGUCACAGAUAGUCAUUGUAACUCCUUGAACCACCCGUUUCUGGGCCGUUCCCUCAGAGGAACCAGGGAAGACACUGGAGUGUGAACUGGAAACUUCAGAGCAUUCGAAGGGACCCACUGGAUGGCUUUGAACUAUUCUAAAGUUAGAUCCUAUCCGAAGCUGCCUCUGCCCAUCGGCUGUGCUUCUGUCUCCCGUGGACCUCCCUGAAAGGAGUUGGAAGAGGUCCCAGUGCAGACAGCCAAAUGGAGGCUCCUGAAGCUAGACUACAGACCUGACUUGUUGAGUGGAUUUAGUUCAUCUUCAGUCUGUUUCCUCCUGAACUUCUCAGAGAUGCAGAGAGAUUUCUGGAAAUGAACCUGCCCCGAAGGGAAGUUACAUUUUCAUUUUGAAUGAAAAGUAUGCAAGUGACAGAAACCACCCGACUCGACCACACCUGGAAUCAGUGGACUGGGGACACCAGUUGGGGACAGAAAAGUGCUUCUAGUAGGAAUACCAGAUGAAGAGGAUGAGGCCAGCUGGAGAUUAAAUGGCCACCGCCACUCCCCCAGAGACAAAGUCAGCCUCAUGGUGGAACUACUUUUUUCUGUAUGAUGGUUCCAAGGUAAAGGGAGAAGGAGACCCAACCAGAGCUGGCAUCUGCUACUUCUACCCUUCCCAGACCCUUUUGGACCAACAGGAACUGCUCUGUGGCCAGCUUGCUGGAGUUGUGCGCUGCCUGUGGGACCUUUCUGGGACCCCGCCCACGCUUAUCCGUCUGCGGAAGCUCAAGUUUGCUGUCAGGGUGGAUGGCGACCACCUGUGGGCUUUGGGCUGUGGUGUGGAACUCUCUGAUGUCAGCUGCAGGCAGUUUCUGGAUCAACUCAUUGGAUUCUUUCAUUUCUACAUGGGCCCUGUCUCCCUGGCCUACAAGAACCAUCCUCAGGAGGAGCUGCGCUUGCAGUGGGACACUGUCAUCACACAGGUCCUCAGGAGCACCAGUGAGUCCCACAGGAUCUUCAACGCCCUGUGGAAUCUGGACCACACCAAAGUGGAGCCCCUGCUGCUGCUGAAGGCAGCCCUCAUCUUACAGACCUGCCAGCGCUCGCCCCAUGUCCUAGCUGGCUGCAUCCUCUAUAAAGGACUGAUUGUGAAUUCCCAGCUCCCUCCUUCCCUCACUGCCAAGGUCCUGCUUCAUCAGACUGUCCCUGCAGACCAGGGACUUCCUGGAGCAGGGGCUGCCCCACAGGACGCAGGAGCAGCAUUGCCGCCUAACGUGCAGAUCACCCCGGUUUUUCUGAGUGAGGAGGAAAUCGCUAGCCUCCAUGAGUUCACAGUGGAGCAGGAGACUAGACUCCAGGAAAGUUCAUCUCAGUACCCUCCCUGGGAUCGAAGCACCCCUACCCAGACAGAAGAUGCCACUAGGUGUGUGGCAUCUGUGGCCUGGACAUCAGCCGCCAUUCUGGAGCCCACACCUCAUGAUGGAGCAUGGCUGAAUGGCAGGGGGGCAGAUGGACACUUGCUUGGGCAGGAGCAGGAGCAGGAGCAGGCUGCAGCUGCAGGACUGUGCACCACUGCCUGUGGCCAGGGUUCUGGCAUCAGCAGCAGGCUGCAGCAGGAGCUGGGUUUUUCCCAAGAGGCACUGGACUUAUCUGAAAUCCACAUCUCUGAGGCACAGGAAGCCUCCCCACCCGUGCCUGCCCUAGGUGAUCCAGAAGCUGUCAUCACCAGCCACCAGGCCCCCACUCUGCCUGAAGACACAACAGUGUGCAGCUGCCUGGACCCUUCCCCUCUCGAGAGGCCCCCCGAGAGCGGAGGGCUGGAGUCGCUUGCAGACCUUCCCAUCACCAAUGGCCAAACCCAAGUUCCUGGCACAGACCCUCUCCCCAGAAGAAGCUGUAGGCCUGUGGUGCUUCCCCCUCAGGAUCCUGUGGGUGCAGAGCCCAGUGUGGAGCAGUGUGGGGGUGGAAGCUGUGAGAGCCAUGGAGCCCCAGCGAGCACUUUGCAUUCACCUGACUCUCAGGGUCCCAGCACCUCUGCAGACAGAAGUGGCUUCAGGCCGUCCCCAGCUGGGCCCCAUGCAGGGCUCUGGCCUAUGAACCUAUACAUUCACAGUGUGAAUGGCCUGGUCCUAUCCCUGCUGGCUGAGGAGCCUCUUCUCAGAGACAUGGCAGCCAUCGAGGAGGUGCCUCCUGAGUGCUGGGCUCUGGGUUAGUGCUACCAUGCCUCACGCUUCUUAACUUAGAGGCUGCCCAUUUUAGCAUCACACAGUAUGACCCUUCAUUUACAAAUAUCAGACCAUGGGGCUGGAGAGAUGACUUAGCAGUUAAGAGUUGGCUCUUGUUCAGGGGACCUGAGUUCAGGGCUAGCACCCACCCUGGACAGCUCACCAUUGCCUGUACAGCUGCUCAAGGGAUGGGACACCGCUUGUGAGCUCCACACGCACUCACUCAACACAGCACACACACAAAAAGAAAAAUAUAUGUAUAUAUGAACAUAAGGGGUUUGGGGUGGUGCACACUUAUAAUCCAAGCAUCCAGGAGGCAGACGCGGGAGGCUUUCCACAGGUUCGAGGCCAGCCUGGUCUCCAUAGUGAGUUCCAGGCCAGUUGGGGCUGCACAGGAAGCCCUGUCUCAAACAAGCAAAAGGAGCAUGUGAGUGGAACUUGAUGCUUCAGGCGGAGGCCCUGGCUGUUUUUGCUGAGUCUAGUGACCACAGAGGCAUUGUCUGGGUGCUUGCUUCUUAACCGAGUCUGCCAGCCUGUGACCCACUCCUGGCCCCUCUGCAGUACCACAGCAGCCUGGCAUCCCUGAAUGGGCUGGAAGUCCACCUGAAGGAGACACUACCGAGAGACGAGGCUAGCCUCACAAGCAGCUCAUACAACUUUGUGCAUUAUGACCGAAU